GCUAUAAAACAAAGCAUAUUAGGCAAAGUCAGAAAGUUGUCAGAGCGCGCCCUCUUCAUGCAGCAGUAUAAACGAAACAGAAGAACUGAUAUUUGAAAUUAAAAGAAAUCAUUAUCAUGUCGUUUUUCAUUUCGCUAUUUGUGGUGAGCUAUUUAUUUGUGCUCACUCCAAGCGUGGAAUCACUAAUUCCAUUUUGGCAAAAAAUAACCACCGCAAGACCAGUUCGAUCACAAGCGUAUUAUGACAGCUUCAAGGCAAUCCCAACGAAGGAAGAAACAGCUGAAAAGUUGAUGAAAAGUUUUCUAACCACAGCCAGAGUGAGCGGCAAAGACAAACCACGACGUCGUACUAAAGUGGAAGAUACGGUGGCGAUAUUGGACUCAUCUGGGUCAGUUGGAGAUUGUGAAUUUAAUAAAGGAAAGAGAGCCUUGAAAGAUCUGAUGAUGAUUCGCCGUCCUCCUAUUUUUGUGAAUUACUAUGCUGGUGUUGUGUAUUCAACAACGGCAACUGUGAAAUUUAAGUUUUUGCCUGCCUUUGAAGCUGCUAAGAAAAUGAAUGAUUUUUUUUAUGAGGGAGGAAUUACAAAUACUGCUGACGCGCUUAGUAAAGCUUAUGAUUUGCUCUUUGAUAAAAAUUCAGGUAGCCAUUUUCCUUCGAGAAAGAUGGUGUUCCUACUAACAGACGGGAAGUCAAACAAAAAUCAAGAUCAGACAAUACCAAAUGCUGAUGAUUUGAAAGAUCACAAUGUUGAGAUCUAUGUCGUUGCAGUGGGAGACUUUACUAGUGACAUCAACGAGGUAGUGGACAUUGCGUCGUCGCCUGAAACGCAUCUUCUCCGAGUUAAAACGGUUGGAGACUUUCUAGGCGUCGUUAAACUUGUUGUCAAAAAAGUUGAUCCUGAUACUUACAAAGUGAUUAGUAAGGUUCCACCUCCAUGUUGAAACUUCAUGCACCGAUGCUCCCUGCAUUAAAUUAUUGCACGGUAUUUCCAUGUCAUCACUUUGUAUACAAUUAGUUUGAUAGAGAUGUAAUGUCAGCAGCUUUGUACGCCGGUCAAUUGCAAGCUUUUUUAACAAAUUUGCGACUUAAUUAAAUACCAGUAGUCUGUAGUCGGUGUCCUUGUUUGAUAUAUGUUACUUUCGGGGACAGUGCCCUGUGCCCUUUACUAUACCAUAAUUAUAUAAUAUUAUGCCAUGCAUUCACCAUUUCA